AUGAGCAAACUCGAUCUGCACAAUGUCAAAAACAUAGUCAAGAAAUCCGGGAGCCUUAGAGGCCAAGUUACUAAUACUGACCCAACUGAAACCGCUGCCCGUGGCAAUGUGAUAAUCAGACGAGUGUGUUUCUCGCGUCAGGACCUAUCAACGCACAACUCAACGACACACAAGCAGGACCCGCGACCCUACCGCUGCGAUCAGUGCGGACGCCAGUUCUCCACUUGUGCCUACCUCUCCCAACAUCGUCGCAUUCACAGCGGCAUCAAGCCCUACGUCUGUCGUUAUUGCGACCGCAAAUUCACCCAGUUGAGCCACGUGCAGCAGCAUGAGAGGAUCCAUACGGGCGAGAAGCCUUACAACAGAGUAGUGGUGGUAGUGUAUUGCCGCGCAAUCAUGCAGCCAUCAUCACCACCUCUGCCACCACUACCACCACCACAGCAGUGA